GUGCAGUCAGAUGGUUUGUUGGGCAUGGCUAUCAGCUGUUGAACUUAUAGAAAGAGUUUUUAGUAUGCUCAUCGCGCCUUUUUAAUGUUUUUGAAGCAAUGAAUUGAGUCGGACAACUACCAAUAUACUUAGAAACACAAAAGAUGGCAGGUGCUGGGAGCGAAACGGAAUUGAAAAAGACAGCAUCGGAGGACUUCACUCCGGAUAUUGAACAAGCUCUACGAACUGGAACUAUGGAUUCCAGUGUAGAAGUUCUUCCGGCAGCCAAGCGGCGGAAGCUUGUUACAACUACCGAGGAUUGUUCAUCCUUUUCGGGCGAAAAUGGUCGAAAGAAGCCGUCGUGUAGCAAGACAGUCGGGACGAGGCCAAAUGAAAGUGCCGCCACGAAGUCGAAUGCUAUAAGUUCAACCGGUACUGGAACUGGUACCGCGCAAGUGGCUGCUGCGACGAGGAGUGCUAGUAAGAACAGUACGGUUCUUCAAGUCCAUCAACAUCGUCCACGCCGGAAAACAAGAAGAAAAGCGGGCGGCCGCAACGGCAGGGUUAGCAUCCGCGGAAAAGAGAAAGCGUAUGUGGUGUCGAAAAUAUCAAAGCCUACAGCUGCUUCAGCAGCUUGUCGUGAUGCAAAGAGCACCUACGAAGGAUUUGGAUGUGCAGCUGAUCAAGACCAAGAAACCUACCUCACGGACGAAAAGUAUUGGGAGAUCCAAUUGGAAAAGGAAAAAAUCGGCAAAAAUUUCACGGAGUACUACCAUUUGCACCAGAAACUCUUCGCCCACGACGGGACGGAGUGGCAGAAAUUUUUCAAAUUUCUCCACCAGCCGAUCUGCGUUUCCUUCCGGUUUUCGUCUUUGGAAUCGAAGAAAGCCGAGGUGGGCAAGGCGUUGCUGGAGGUCAAGAAACACUUUCUCGAACCAUCGUACAUUACAGCGACCGGACGCACGGUGCCAAAACCGGUGAAGUUCCGCUUCGGGUUGGAAGAGCGACGACGAGAACUAGUACAUCGAGGUAAACAUCAACCUAAUACAGCAGCUCCCAGAACUUCUAAAGGUUCAACAUCUGACGCCGCGGCGGCAAAGGCAAUAACAGCUACAGUGCCAACUAAGCAGCUCGUCGCGUUCCAGAUGUGUUACGAUGCGAAGACGAUGCAGAAGUUUUUCCCCGAGAUCCAAAAGUGGUUGGUGGAGAAGCACAGAAAUAAGGUUCUCGAGCGCCAGGAGAUCGUCUCGAUGUUCCCGGUGUUUUUGUUGAACGUCCAGAAAUCGCACCGGGUGCUGGACCUCUGCGCCAGCCCGGGGUCGAAAACCAGCCAGGCGUUGGAACGGAUCUUGGAUGUUAGUACAACUACAACAUCAGCGACUCCUGAUUCAUUGGUUUCUUGCCCGACUACUGGUCAGCAACGUCAUGGUCCUCAAAAGACUAACUCAGGCUUCCUCUUCGCCAACGAGUUUGACCAGAAGCGGGCGGGCACCCUGGCGAAGCGGGUGCAAUUCGGCGCGAAGAAUGUGGUUGUAACGAACCACCGAGCGCAGAUUUUCCCCGAAUUUUUUGGGAAAACGAGUUUGUUGAAAUUCGAUCGGAUCAUUGCAGAUGUGCCCUGUAGCGGGGACGGGACCAUGCGGAAAUACGAGGAGAAAUGGAGAUCCUGGAACCCUUUUCUCGGACAGCAAUUACACUCGCUCCAGGUGCAGAUUUUACUCAGGGGGUUGAAGUUGCUGGCGAGUGAUACUACUGGUCUUCUCUGUUACUCCACGUGCUCGCUGAAUCCGCUAGAAAACGAGGCCGUAGUGCAGGCAGUGCUGCGGAAAAUACCGAAAGGGUGUGUAGAGGUCGUCGACGUGCACGACAGUGCGAAAUCCGGCAUUGUCGCACCCUGUCGUAUGCACAGAGGUCUGGAAGAUUGGACGGUUGUCGCGGAAAGAGAGAAAAUAAUUCUGCCAGCAGACGGAGGUGGAAAACCAAAAAAGGCAAAUGCAAAUGGAACAUCAAAUGGCAGAAGCUCAACAGUAGACGCCCCCACCUCCUACACGGUCCUUUCCUCUUACCAGGAGUCCCAGAAGCUGCUCGGGAAGGAGGACAGAAAGAAGUAUCAAAUGCAAAAAUGUCUGGGUCUGGAAGAGUCCAAGAUUUGUGAUGCAGGUUUUCCAUGACCCAUGAGGUCUGGAAUGCGAGACCCAGCAUGACAGAUUCUUUGAGGUCUCUAUCAUGCAUUUCCUGCAUGAGAAACUCCCUCUCGACUUGGUCAAAAGCGGACAGCUUUUGCUACUUACGCAACACAGAUUUUUGCAUCAUUGAGAUUUAGCAUGACAGGUUCUAAUCUUCCAGACCCAGACAUUUUUGCAUUUGAUAAGAAGUACCGAGAGACGAUGUGGCCGGUAAGUACAACUUCUAAAAGCAUCGCAGGAGUAGAUCAUGAAGGUAAAAAUAACGAAGUAGAAGACCACCGCUGGAUCAAAAAGGAGCUCCGAAAAUGCGCCCGCCUGAUGCCGCAUUACAGCAAUACGGGUGCCUUUUUCUGCUGCUUAUUUCGGAAAAAGAAGGAGUUUUGGGACGAGAAAAAGGAAACGCAAGCAGAUCAAACCGCUGUUCCGGAGGACGAGUGUGAUGCUGGUUCUGUAAGCUCCAGAAGGAAGCUUUCGCCCACCUUUGUUGCCGCCGAGGUUGAUGAAAAGAGUUCUUCUCCGAUCGAGGAUGCUCGAAGUGAAAUCACUUUCACUGGGGAAAAAAUAAAGGCAGGCGCAGAAGCGACACCAGACCACAGUGAAGAUGUUUUGGCAAAAAAAGUCAUCUUCAUCGGUGGACAACAAGCAGGACAUAAGAACGAGGAAACGAAGAAAGGAAAAGACACGUUUAAAGUGAACAGGCGGCUCUACGAUAUCCUAUCGCAGCCACACCCGUUCAAAGUUGUAUUUGCCGGGGAGAGGCAGUAAGUAGCAUGGAAUUAGUUUAGUUUCAGUUCUUUGAUCUUGUGCCGAAGGCGUGAAGACGAGAUGAAGAUGGGUCACGAUGCAUAGACUCGUACUUCUUCUUGCACCUCAACCGGGAAUAACUCGUUUUCAUGACGUGAGUACAAUUAGCGAAACAUAUAGCGACACACAGACACAGCCACAGGCAAGCGAUGAUGUAGUUUCAGCGACGAAUUAUCUCGACAUUGAUGAAAAUCCGUCAACAUAAUUCAACAUGGGUCGAGGACGUAUUUUGUUCCAUGUUGAUAAUUCACCAUGCAGCCCGCGGGUCGUGUGUUUCGUCUGAAGAGACCCGGCCUACGUGGUGCCACGUGAAUCCUUUCCGCGAAGUGUUCCGCAAG